CAGGCCGCGCUGGCCCGCGGCAGCCCCCUGGCGUCUCUGCCCCUCCUGCCCCACCGGGGACACCUGGGGUCCCUGGGCCGGGCUCCGGCCGCGUCGGCGCCCGCCCUCAGGCCCGUAGCCGCUGUCCAGGAGCCCCGCUUCCCCUGCAGGGUUAAUUGUGUAGAGUAUAAAGAAUUUAAUAUUCCUGGGAAGUUCACAAAGGAUCAUUUCCACUUUUACUGAAGAGAAAGUUUUGAAUCUAUCAAGGAGCUCUUAAAGAAGUCCUUUGUGUGGGCUACAUACAUAGAUGUUUUCAUGAAGAGGAGUGAAAAGCCAGAAGGUUACAGGCAAAUGAGGCCUAAGACCUUUCCUGCCAGUAACUACACUGGCAGCAGUCGGCAGAUGUUGCAAGAAAUUCGGGAAUCUCUUAGGAAUUUAUCCAAACCAUCUGAUGCUGCAAAGGCUGAGCAUAACAUGAGCAAAAUGUUGACUGAAGAUCCUCGACAAGUUAGGAAUCCACCCAAAUUUGGGACAUAUCACAAGGCCUUGCAGGAAAUUCGAAACUCUCUGCUGCCAUUUGCCAAUGAAACCAGUUCUUCCUCCAGGAGUACUUCAGAAGUUAAUCCACAGAUGUUUCAAGACUUGCAAGCUGCUGGAUUUGAUGAGGAUAUGGUUAUACAAGCUCUUCAAAAAACUAAUAACAGAAGCAUAGAAGCAGCAAUUGAAUUCAUUAGUAAAAUGAGCUAUCAAGAUCCUCGACGGGAGCAGAUGGCUGCAGCAGCUGCCAGACCUAUUAAUGCCAGCUUGAAACCCGGAAGUGUGCAACAACCUAUUAACCGCAAGCAAAGCUGGAAAGGUUCUAAGGAAUCCUUAGUUCCUCAGAGACAUGGCACAGCACUAGGAGACAGUGUGGCUUAUCGUUCUGAAAGUCCCAACUCACAGACGGAUGUAGGAAGACCUUUGUCUGGAUCCGGUUUAACAGCAUUUGCUCAAGCUCACCCUAGCAAUGGACAGAGAGUGAACCCCCCACCACCUCCUCAAGUAAGGAGUGUCACUCCACCACCACCUCCAAGAGGUACAACUCCACCUCCCCCUUCGUGGGAACCAAACUCUCAAACUAAGCGCUAUUCUGGGAAUAUGGAAUACGUAAUCUCUCGAAUCUCUCCUGUUCCCCCUGGGACCUGGCAGGAGGGCUAUCCUCCACCACCUCUUAACACUUCCUCCAUGAGUCCUCCUAGUCAGGGGCAGAGAGCAGUUAGUUCUGUUCCUGUGGGCAGGCAGCCAAUCAUCAUGCAGAGUUCUAACAAAUUUAACUUUCCCCCAGGGAGGCCUGGAAUUCAGAAUGGUAGUGGUCAGACUGAUUUUAUGAUCCACCAAAAUGUUGUCCCUGCCAGUGCUGUGAGUAGGCAGCCACCUCCUCCAUAUCCUCUGACCCCUACAAAUGGACAAAGCUCUUCUACUUUACAAACAGGGGGGUCUGCUGCUCCUUCAUCAUAUACAAAUGGAAGUAUUCCUCAGUCUAUGAUGGUGCCAAACAGAAACAGUCAUAACAUGGAACUCUACAACAUUAAUGUACCUGGACUACAGACAACGUGGCCUCAGUCAUCUUCUGCUCCAACCCAGUCAUCCCCAAGCAGUGGGCAUGAGAUCCCUACCUGGCAACCUAACAUACCAGUGAGGUCAAAUUCUUUUAAUAAUCCAUUAGGAAAUAGAGCAAGUCACUCUACUAAUUCUCAGCCAUCAGCUACAACAGUCACUGCGAUUACACCAGCUCCUAUUCAACAGCCUGUGAAAAGCAUGCGUGUAUUAAAACCAGAGUUACAGACUGCUUUAGCACCUACCCACCCUUCUUGGAUACCACAACCAAUUCAGACUACUCAAACCAGUCCGUUUUCUGAGGGUACCACUUCAAAUAUGACCGUUAUGGCACCUGUUGCUGAAGCUCCAAACUAUCAAGGUCCACCACCACCUUAUCCAAAACAUCUGCUGCACCAGAACCCACCUGUUCCCCCAUAUGAAUCAAUCAAUAAGUCUAGCAAAGAGGAUCAGCCUAUCUUGCCCAAGGAAGACGAGGGUGAAAAGAGUUAUGAAAGUGUUGAUAAUGGAGAUAAAGAAAAGAAACAGAUCACAACUUCACCUAUCACUGUUAGGAAAAACAAGAAAGAUGAAGAGCGAAGGGAAUCUCGGAUUCAAAGUUAUUCUCCCCAGGCAUUUAAAUUCUUUAUGGAGCAACACGUAGAAAAUGUGCUCAAAUCCCAUCAGCAACGUCUACAUCGUAAAAAACAAUUAGAGAACGAAAUGAUGCGGGUUGGAUUGUCUCAAGAUGCCCAGGACCAAAUGAGAAAGAUGCUUUGCCAAAAAGAAUCUAAUUACAUCCGUCUUAAAAGGGCUAAAAUGGACAAGUCUAUGUUUGUGAAGAUUAAGACACUAGGAAUAGGAGCGUUUGGUGAAGUCUGUCUAGCAAGAAAAGUAGAUACUAAGGCUUUGUAUGCAACAAAAACUCUUCGAAAGAAAGAUGUUCUGCUUCGAAACCAAGUUGCUCAUGUUAAAGCUGAGAGAGAUAUUCUGGCUGAAGCUGACAAUGAGUGGGUCGUUCGUUUAUAUUAUUCAUUCCAAGAUAAGGACAAUUUAUAUUUUGUAAUGGACUACAUUCCUGGGGGUGACAUGAUGAGCCUAUUAAUUAGAAUGGGCAUCUUUCCAGAAAAUCUGGCGCGAUUCUAUAUAGCAGAACUUACCUGUGCAGUUGAAAGUGUUCAUAAAAUGGGCUUUAUUCAUAGAGAUAUUAAACCUGAUAACAUUUUGAUUGAUCGUGAUGGUCACAUUAAAUUGACUGACUUUGGCCUCUGCACUGGCUUCAGAUGGACACAUGAUUCUAAGUACUAUCAGAGCGGUGACCAUCCACGGCAAGAUAGCAUGGACUUCAGUAAUGAAUGGGGUGAUCCCUCAAACUGUCGAUGUGGAGAUAGACUAAAGCCACUAGAGCGGAGAGCUGCACGCCAGCACCAGCGAUGUCUAGCACAUUCUUUGGUUGGGACUCCCAAUUAUAUUGCACCUGAAGUAUUGCUACGAACAGGAUAUACACAGUUAUGUGAUUGGUGGAGUGUUGGUGUUAUUCUCUUUGAAAUGCUAGUGGGACAACCUCCUUUCUUGGCACAAACACCAUUAGAAACACAAAUGAAGGUUAUCAACUGGCAAACAUCUCUUCACAUUCCACCACAAGCUAAACUGAGUCCUGAAGCUUCAGAUCUGAUUAUUAAACUUUGCCGAGGACCAGAAGAUCGUUUAGGCAAGAACGGUGCUGAUGAAAUAAAGGCUCAUCCAUUUUUUAAGACAAUUGAUUUCUCCAGUGACCUGAGACAGCAGUCUGCUUCAUACAUUCCUAAAAUCACACACCCAACAGAUACAUCAAAUUUUGACCCUGUUGACCCUGAUAAGUUAUGGAGUGAUGAUAAUGAGGAGGAAAAUGUCAAUGACACUCUGAAUGGGUGGUAUAAAAAUGGAAAACACCCUGAACAUGCCUUCUACGAAUUUACCUUUCGGAGGUUUUUUGAUGACAAUGGCUACCCGUAUAAUUAUCCAAAGCCUAUUGAAUAUGAAUACAUUAAUUCACAAGGCUCAGAGCAACAGUCAGAUGAAGAUGAUCAACACACAGGCUCAGAAAUCAAAAAUCGCGAUCUAGUGUAUGUCUAGCACACUAGGAAUUAAUUGUAAUGAGCAUUUGCAAAAAACCUGAAAUGCAGGAAUUUUUGAGGUUUUAAGUAAAAUUAUGCAAAUACAGCAGAGCUUUCUAUGUAUGGUGCUCUGUUUACAAUAUUUUAUUUUCCUAAAUUAUGGGAAAUUCUUUUAAAAUUUUAAUUUAUUCCAGCCUUUAAUCAUUAAUUUAGAGAAAAAUUGUUAUAAGGAAAGUAAAUUAUGAACUGAAUAGUAUAGUCAGUUCUUGGUACUUAAAGUACUUAAAAUAAAAAAUAGUGCUUUGUUUAAAAGGAAAAGCCUGGUAUCUAUUUGUAUAUAUGCUAAAUAAUUUUAAAGAUAAGAGUUUUUGAAAUUUUUUUGAAAGACAGUUUUAGUUUUAUCUUGCUUUAACCAAAUAUGAAACAUACCCAAUAUUACAGAGCUCUUUUUUUCCCACCAUAACCUUGUUUCUGGUUUAAAGUAAGCUAGAGAUAUUAAGCCAUCAUGUUGGUAUGUGUUCCUAGGCUAAUGAUAAUCUGUAUAAUUUACAUCCUGAAAAAAAGAGACAGGGUUGAAACAAUGUUAAUAUGUUCAUCAGAAGGAAAACUAACAGUUUAUCUUUUCUCCCUCUGUGGAGUAUUUAAUCUCACAUGUAUUUCUUCAUAAUUGUUGGCUUUAAAAGAAGCCAAAGCACUACUAGUUUUCUUUCCAUCUGGUAUUAACACUGCUUCUGGUUUUAAAAGGGAACAAAGCUGCCGUAAGUCAAAAGUUUCAAAUACUAAAAGCUAAGAUCUUUUGUGUUUUUACUUUGAAAUUGAGAAGAAAAUUCCAUCAUCCUAGGCAAAGAAAUAAUUUUCAGUUUUAUACAAAACUAAAGAUUCUUUAUGAAUAUUGAGUAGAAACAUUUUGUCUAUAAAGGGACCAGUUUUGAUAAUAUCGUCAAUGUUAUAGGUUUCCUUUUUCUGAACAGUGCUGUGUGUACAGAUUGUUAUUGGCAAAGGUUGAUUUGGCUAACUGGCAAUAUUUUAUCUAAGGGCAGGUUAAUUGGUUAAAAAUGAAUUAAUUAAAUCUUGUUUGAUUUGGUCAUUAGUAUUAGCAAAAGUUAAAAUGGUCUUAGUAGAAAAUUCACAUUGUUCUAACUUAUUUAAGGGUAAAACUAUGUUUUUCAAUAUGCCUAUUUAUAUAAUGCAUAGGUUCCAAGACUUGUGAUUUCAUACCAAAACAUGUGUAUCUUAUCUUUUAGAAAGAGAAAGCAAGCUGUAUUCUGGCAGUAGUACAGUUUGUAUUUUAUUUUCUUAAGCUCCACUGAUAGGGAAUUGUUUCCAUUAAAAGUUAGUAUUUGUAGGUAGGAGACAUAAUUUUAGUGAUCUUAAACUCUUAGCUUUUCUCAUAUAAAAGCUAAUGGAAAACAUAACACCUAUGUAGUAAAAUUAAAGGAAAAACUGUCCUUGUUGAAUUGUGGGGUGGACACAGAAUAUUUAUUAGCUCACAUUUCCCACUCUCCUAUGGGUGUGACCCUCAGAGCUCAGUGUGCAAACCUGCCCUGUAAUUUGGUGGGUCUUUUGAGUCACUGGUUCUUUUGAGGAUUUGACGAAAGCUGUGGACACUUGUCCCAGAAAAUACGUGUAUCAACACGUAAGGUGUAAAUGUUGCAUGCAGUUGCAGGGGAGUCUGGACCUGCUGAAACCCAUCACAGGCUCUAGGUUAAGGACCUCUUCCUAUAAGUAAGUAUUUUGCUUUUAAUUUGCCAGUCAGGACUCAAACGAGCACAUCUUCUAUAAAUGCUGAUAGUUUGUGAUGGAAAAGAUCUGCAGCACAUGAUCAGAGGACCCUAGGAAUGCCUCCCUCCCUCUUUCUUGCUGGUACAGCUCUCAGAUAUUUCAGAUGCCAUUUUGAAGACAUUGAAAUGUUUGGCUUAUGACAGGCUUGAAAAAGAAAUAUUUCAGGAGAAUUUCUCUUCAGAAUUGUAAGAAAAUGCACUAUAAUGAGAUGGCCAUCUUCAUUUCAUGGAACAUUUAAUUAGUCCUAUAAAAUUCUAUGCAAAACAACUUUUGAUAGUUCAAGAAUUUUUAGCUUGGUACUCAGAUCUGUAAGACAUCCCUCUUGCUCUUUGGGCUUUCUCAGUCAAAUUUAUUUAAAUUUAGUUGCUUCACUUCUGGACUUAAUGGUGCAAUACAGUAGAAAACCAACUUUGUUACAUUUUACAAUGUAGGUAAAUCUAAGAUGCUGUCUUCUCCCUACCGCAACCUCCCCACAAAAUCGCCCCUAUUCCUCAAACGUAACAGACACUACAAAUUUUAUGUUAUUUUAAAAUUUCUGCUGACAGCAUAAGCUUUUUGUAUUUAUCUGAAGCAGGAUACAAGCCUUUGUUAUCUGCAGUUUUAAUACUUUAGCUAUCUUAUUCCGUACUACAUCCAGUUACUCCGCUGGUGCUUCCUGACAAAAGGAUGAGAACAACAUUAAAAAAAAAAUCUAGAUGUUCUUAAUUGAAAUGGAGUGAAAACACUGUUUCUACAUGUUUUCUUUUUAAAAUAAUUUUCUCGUUAAAAAUUUGCUGUCUUUCUUACACCUACUCCCUUUAUGCAUAUCAAUAGUAUUUAUAAAAUGUGUCCUAUAAAAUUAUGUAAUUGUAGAUACUUAUGUAUUGUCCAGUGGCAUCUCAAGGCAGGACCUAAUGCUGUAUCUUUUCUACCUUAUUUGUAGUAGAAAUUAUAGAAUGUAUUGACUAAGAAGUCACUUUGAGACUGACUUUUUAAAAAAGUUAUUACCCUCUGCUGUUGCAAAGUGCAAAACUGUGAGUGGAUAUGUUUUUAUUCUGACUUAAUAUGUUAGAAAUUAGAGAAUACAGUGGGAGGAUUUUAGACAUUGCUGCUGCUGUUACCCAAGGUACUUUAGAAAUUUUUCUUUAAUAAACAAAAACCCUUUUGCUAUUUAAAGUGAAACAUUUAGCCUGUUCGUUUUAAUCUAAAGCAAAAAAUAAUUUGGGUCAACAUAUUGGUAUAUUUGUAAAAUGCCUUAAUAUAUCCCUUUGUGGAAGGCACUACAGUUUACUUUUGUAUUGUAUUGUGUAUAUAAGUAUUUUGUAUUAAAAUUGAAUCAAUGACAACAUUACAGUUUUAUAAAAUAAUGCUUUGUUAGAAACAGGAUUAGAGCUCUGCAGUAUAACUAAAUUGUUUUGCAUACUUCUGGAUGUGACAGAUAUAAAUAAUCAGCCUGUGUUUUUAACGAACCUAUUUGUAUUUUCCCAAUCAUUUUCUCUAGUGUAACAUUUGCUGGGACAAUAAAAAAGCAAAAUUCAAGUAUUUCAA